AUGUCUCUGCCUGUUGCCUCCCUCCUCAGCCCGAAGCAUGACUAUGUUCUGCUUUACCAAAUAACGGAUCAGCAGCAAUUCGGAAUCAGCAGGUUCUCGUUCGACUCCAAGAAUCAGGCCAUAUUCAGGUACAAGAACAGGCCUGGGCCCAACCCGGGUCCGCUUCAGCGCCCUUCAGCCAUCUCGGCCGUCUAUGUCAACGACUUACCGACCGUCUACGGCUCGGUGGAGAUCGUCGUGGACGAUACCGCACAGCCUCCGAAGAAGGGCAGCAUCGUUGCACAGCUCAGUCCGCAGUUGUAUUCCAUCGCAGACAAGGAGGGUAUUGCGUCAAUCAGCCUGCCAACCGACAACCUCAGCCUUGCAGCCGUGAGUGACGGCGCUGACCAAGUUUGGCUCUACUAUUUCCAACAGGCGAAGACCGGCGAUCCUUUGGCUCUUGCCGAAGCUUACAUCUCGGGAAAUGAUGCACCAGAAGUGAAGCUCCCGGACAAGAACAUCGAGCCCUACUCCAAGUCUCGCCUGGCAGGAGCGUUCAUUCCCGACCCAAAUGGGAACCCUGGAAGGAUUGUGUUCUACCAGAGAAAGGUGGACGAUGAAAACAACCCCAUUCACGCCCUGCUGCAAAUCUCUAACGCCAACACCUCGACUGAGAAACUCCCAUCUACCGAUGCCGCCCUGAAGGGAACCCCCCUGGCCGCAGUGGUAGUCGGUCAGAUGCCCGAUUACUCAGUCUACCUAUACUUCUUGAGCACCGCUAUCCGCAUCGAGCGCUGCGUCUUCAGAAAGGGGAAAUGGAACGCGGCAGAAGAGGUCAAGGGUGUCAACAAGGACGCCAACCUUACAUCAAAGGAGACCGGGCUGACAGCAGUCGUAGGUGAAAAGGGCAUCUCGUUAUUCUACGUGCAGAAGAAGAGCGUGGCAAAAGAAUACUCGUUCGCCAUCGACCCUUUUGACUACCAUAACGCAGCUUAG